AUGGCAAAGCAACGACUCUUUGUGUGUCUGUGGAUUGUCUGGCGUUUUCACAGCCUUCACGUUGCAGCUUUCAACCUGGACAUCCAGAAUGUACAGCAGAGAAAAGGAGAUCCAGGCAGCCUGUUCGGAUUUUCUGUUGCUUUCCACCAGCAGCUGAAUCCUGCCAGAAGGAACCUGUUGCUGGUAGGAGCGCCACGUGCCAAACAUCAGAGUGGAUUGAACGUUACAGGCGUUGUUUACCAGUGUGAUCUGGCUUCAACAUCUGAACGCUGCCAGCCAAUUGAGUUUGAUCAUGAAGAGUUCCUCAAUAGUAAAGGAAUAAACAACCAGUGGAUGGGAGUUAGAGUCGUAAGCCAAGGUCCUGGUAAGAAUGUAAUGUCUUGUGCUCAUCGGUACCAGCAGUGGAGCCCGAGUCCCAGCCUUCAGGACCCUCAGCUGCUGACGGGUCAGUGCUACCUCUUAGGGGACGAUCUGCAGGUCGGGAAGGAAAACAGGAGGUGGCGAAGGGUUGUUUGUGACAAUGAACACUUAAUAAGACGACAAAAGGACCACGAGUGGUUUGCGUACUGCCAACAGGGUCACGGAGCAUCUUUUGCAAAAGAUAACAGAUCUCUAAUAUUUGGAGCACCCGGAGCUUAUCAGUGGACAGGAAUUGUACGAAUGGAGCUCUUGGACAACUUGGACAUAUUCAGUGAAAGCCCUCGUGAGACCGGAGAUAUAGACCAGUUUAACCUGAAGCUCAUCCCUCUCCAGAGAAACAGCUACCUGGGAUUCUCUGUCGACUCUGGACUCGCCCUCAUCAAGAAAGGGGAGCUGACGAUCGUCUCCGGAGCACCUCGAGGAGGCUACAGCGGCCAGGUGGCAUUUCUGAAGGCGGACCCAAAGGCUCAGAGAAAUCUGUCGGUGGAGCUGGUUCUCUCCGAGCCAGGCCUGGCCUCCUCCUUUGGAUACGAUGUGGCAGUGGUGGACCUCAACGGUGACGGAUGGGAGGACCUUGCUGUUGGUGCACCGCAGUACUAUGUUAAGGAUGGCGUGGUUGGAGGAGCAGUCUAUCUUUAUAUCAACAACGAGGGAAAAAACUGGGACAAGAUUGUUCCGAUCAAACUUGUUGGACAAAAAGAUUCCAUGUUUGGUCUCGCAGUGGAAAAUAUAGGAGACGUUGAUCAAGAUGGUUACGAAGAUAUUGCUGUGGGUGCUCCAUAUGACGGCUCCGGUCGGGUUUUCCUUUACUAUGGUUCUUCUGGUCGUAUUAGCACAAAACCAGCACAGGUACUCUCAUCCAAAACAGCAAAUCUGUUUGGAUAUUCUCUGAGCGGGAAACUGGACGUGGAUGACAAUCAGUACCCUGAUCUGGCUGUCGGAUCUCUCUCAGAUUCUGUUUUUGUUUUCAGAGCGAGGCCAGUAGUCAGUGUCAGCGUCUCUUUCAAGAUAACACCAAAUCAAAUAGACUUUACAAAGGAAGAGUGUCAUGUACGGACAUGUUAUUUUUCAGGUAAGGUGUGCUUCAGCUACACGGCACACAGAGCGUCGUUCAACUCUAAACUGAUGCUCAACUACAAGUUUGAGGCUGAUUCUAUGAGCACAAAAUCGAGCCCCAGAGUCAGGUUUCUGGGUUCAUCUCAAGGGGAACUGGAGCUGCCAGGACAAGGGAGAAAAACCUGUGAAGACACUAAGCUCCGACUUCUGCGGGACAUCAAGGACAAGUUGCACAGCAUCCCCGUCUCUGUCUCUGUGUCUCUGAGGAGCUCCAGUCAGACAACCAGGACGAGUGUAGAGCUGCCCAGCCUUACUCCUGUCCUCAACCUCCACCAGCAGAAAACUACAGUCUCAGAGAUUAAAUUAAUAAACACGGGCUGUGGCAGCGACAACAUUUGCCAAAGUAACCUUCAGUUGCAGUACAGGUUCUGUUCCAAAAAAACACUAAAUGGUCAAGAUGUUUUCGAAUCACUGGCCAGUCAGGAUGGAGUUGCAGUCAUCACUCCGUCUGAUGAAGACAUCGCUCUGGAGAUCACUGUGACCAACACAGACGGAGAUGAUGCACACCAGAGUCAUGUAGUCAUUGUGCUCCCAGAUACAUUACAUUACUCAUCUGUUGUCCACGGCGGAGAAGCAGAAAUGCAAAAAAGUCACACAGCCAAUAACAAAGAAACAAUAAUAGACCGUGAACUGGGGAAUCCGUUUCAAAGAGACGCUAAAGUUACCUUUUAUGUCAUACUCACAACUUCUGGCAUCUCGCUGAGUACAAAAGAUGUCAAUGUCACCCUGCAGCUUGAAACGACAAGUGUGCAGACUAUACAGCCAGUUCAGGCAUUAGCCAAAGUGGUUUUUGAGCUGGAGUUGCAAGUAUAUGGGCUAGCCAGGCCUUCCCAAGUGUCACUUGGUGAAAAUGUGUUGGGUGAAAGUGCCAUAAAAUCGCUGGAUCAAAUAGGAACUUCAGUUCAAUUUGAAUUCAGGAUAACAAAUUUGGGCAGACCGCUAAAAUCUUUCGCAAAUGCAUCACUGAACAUCUAUUGGCCAAAGGAGAACUCUGUAGGAAAGUGGCUUCUGUACUUGACUCACAUCAGCAGUGAAGGUGUGCAGUCUGUCCCCUGCUCACCUGUGAACGAGGUCAAUCCUCUUAAAGAUUUAAAGGGUUGGCGCGCUCCAGCAAGGAAAAGACGUGAAGCUGAACACGAAGCUCUCUCUACAGAUGAAUUCACAUUUCUUCCAUCAAGAAGAAAAUACAAAACACUGACCUGCUCAGAUGGACUCCAGUGUGUGGAGAUACGCUGCCCUCUGCUGGGCCUGGACAGCUCUGCACUACUGGUUCUGCAUUCCCGCCUGUGGAACGCAACUAUGGCGGAGGAUUACAGCUCUUUGAACUACCUCAAUAUUGUCGUGGAUGCUCAUCUGAGUCUGACCAACUCUCCAGAGAAUAUUGGACUUAAGAAUGAGACACCUGGGACAAAGGUAAUACUGACGGUGUUCCUUGAGAGAAAGAUAAAAUUCUUGGUCAAAGUUGCGUGGUGGAUAAUCUUCCUGACGGUCAUUGCAUUGCUGCUGCUGUUGGCGUUUUUUGGCUUCUUGUUGUGGAAGCGUGAUUGCAUCAGCAGCCUCACUCAUCUGAACAAGCUUCCACAUAAUGGACAUCCAAACACAGACACGGCUCCCCUUAAAGCCUAA